GAGUGUAGUCAGGUGACGCGAGUGAGUGACCUGCGCUCUUACUGGCUGAUGCGUGCAGUGGGCGGGGCUUCGUCUGCCCGUCUCGGAAGCCGUGAUUUCUCUAGUCUUGGUGAGAUGAGAUCCGCACCGGUGAAUGACAAGAUGCGGCGGAGCGACUGAUUCCCAGCAGCACCGAGACACAGAUGCGCGGAAGAGAGAGACACGACACUGCACCGUGAGAACAGACUCUCACUGCGGGAUUUCUGCCUCGAAACAGAAGAACUGCGGCUCUGGACGGAUUUCAUGUAAAGCAGAGCGACCAUCAGCAGAAUGAGCUCCUCUCCCGUUGUCUCACGCGUGUCCGUCGACAUCCUGGAGGAACUGCAGCUCUUCGCAGCUCAAAACCUGGAGAAGGUGGAGGUCAACAAAUACUAUGAAGUGAUCCGGGAGCUGGGGAAGGGCACCUACGGGAAGGUGGACCUCGUCAUCCAUAAGAUCAGAGGUACCAAGAUGGCUCUGAAGUUUCUAAAGAAGAAAACAACCAAGCUGAAGAGUUUCUUGAGAGAGUACAGCAUCUCGCUCUAUCUGUCUCCAUGCCCCUUCAUCAUCAACAUGUUUGGCAUUGCUUUUGAAACAGAGGAAUACUAUGUUUUUGCGCAGGAAUAUGCGCCGUCCGGUGACCUGUUCGAUAUCAUUCCACCACAGGUGGGUUUGCCGGAGCCAGUGGCGAAGCGCUGCGUCCAUCAGGUGGCCAUCGCUCUAGAUUACCUGCACUCCAAAAAACUGGUGCACAGAGACAUCAAGCCCGAGAACAUCUUAAUCUUUGACAAGGAGUGUCGCAAGGUCAAGCUGUCGGACUUCGGCAUGACGCGGCGUGCCGGCUCGCCGGUGAAGCGUGUGAGUGGCACCAUCCCGUACACGGCCCCUGAGCUCUGCGACACGACCAAGCACGAGGGCUUCUGCGUGGAUUACAGCACAGACGUGUGGGCCUUCGGAGUGCUGCUGUUCUGCAUGCUGACUGGGAACUUCCCCUGGGAGAAGGCCAUGCCGUCCGACACUUUCUACGAGGAGUUUGUGCGCUGGCAGAGGCGGCGGAGCGGCACGGUGCCGUCCCAGUGGCGCAGGUUCACAGACGAAGCCCUGCGCAUGUUCCGAAAGCUCCUGGCCCUCGAGCAGGAGCGCCGCUGCUCCGUCAAGGAGGUGUUAGCGCAUUUUGUCCACCGUUGGAUGCUGGAUGGCCAGGCUAGCGGAAGCCACCAUCAGGAUGCGCUGAACUCUUCGUCCGAGGAGGAGGAGCUACUGGUGGACCGUAUGAAGCAGCAGACCCUGUCUCCGACGGCUUCCAAGACCAAUGGCAUGGAGUCGGGAGCAGCUCACCACUUCACCUCCGUGUCCACGAACAGCUCCGUGUCUUCCACCAACAGCUACGAGCGCUCGGCCAGAGACAGCCCACCAAGCAGCCGCAUCCUGGUCACAACGCCGAUAGAGAUCUGCGUGUAGAGAUCCAAUUGCUGGUGAAAUUAAUGCGCACACAAGCAGACGAAUCUAUAAGAGACUCUCAUGUGUAUCUGGAACGGAGUCUGUUAUAACUAGGGCUGCACGAUAAAUCGCAUGCGAUUGUCCUGCGCAUCUCGUCAGUAAAGCCGACUCUGUGAUUAGUAGUAAAUCUCCAUCAAGUGCUUUCAGAUGGAGCACCGUUAAAUACACAUAGCUGUAGUUCACUGACAAGCUACGCAAUAUCGCAUUCGUAAUUUUUAUGUAUUGAGUGAUCCAUCUGAAAGAAUAUGAUGGAGAUUUACUACUAAUCACAGAAUCGGCUUUACUGACGAGAUGCGCAAGACAAUAGCAGGCGAUUUAUCGCACAGCCCUAGUUACAACGCAAAAAAUUACUAACUUAUUCUGUUCGAUUCUCCGGUCGGCUCGACUAACAUUCCUAUCAGAGAUUUGCAUCUAGAAACGGUCUGCGAAGAAGCGUUAGGUUGUGCAUUCUAAAGACCCAUCCACGCCAAGAACGAUUACUAUAACGAUAAAUAUAUUUAUCUCCACACAUCAACUGACGUUCUGUUUAUUUUAAGUGUGCUGCUGUUUUGUCGUCAGCUGCUUUAAAUGCUCAACUUUUAUAAAGUCAGAUGUAUUCUGAUUGGCUAUAAAAAAAAAUGUAUUUGUUUAUUUAUUUGUUAUCACAAUGAUAUCAGAAGUAACAUUAGCAAAUUUCUGAAAGUUAAUGUAUAAUAUAAUGUUGUCAUAUCUUAACUGGAAUGUAAGUAAAAAAGAAAAAUCAUUCUGAAAGUGAUUAGAAUGAUAUUGUUUUCUUGGUCCAGCUAACACUGUAUCAAAAAAUGUAAAAUGUAUCAGAAAAUGACACAUCGCACAUGGAAUGUUUUUCUUAAACAUUGUAGUCGGACAUUCAUCUUUUAAAUGUUAACGUUUUGUUCAGAGAAUAUUCAAAAGUAACGUUCUUAUGUUUUUGAAAUGAUACAAUGGAACCGUUUUUUUAGAACACCAGACAUUUUCAAAACAUAAAAAAAUGGAACAUUCAGAAAUGUUCUGAGAACAUAUUUUUCUGAAACGUCAUAGUUAUCGUUAUCAUCUUUGGUGUGAAUGGACCUUUACUCAUGGAUAAGCAAUGAACCAAUAAAUGAGUGGAUUGAACAUUUGAAUCCAGUUCAAGCUCAAAGAAGCUUGGGGGAAGAAUUUCGAGGGCUUCCCCAAAUUGUCUCUAAAGCAAUAUAUGAAAGCAAAGAAAAAAAAGGAAGGAGAAUAUCUGGGAUUGUCAUUCUUGUGAGGAAUUCAUCAAAUAAACAUUUCAGUGACUAAGCAAACAGUGAGAUCUGGGACAUUGACAUUGAUAUUUGGUGUGGUAAUAUGUGAGUGAGUUUGUGUGCGUGUUUGAGAUUAUUUGAAGCCUGGAGUACAGUGCGUGCAACCCAAAAAAAGCUUUUCCAGAGGUUCACGACACUCAUCAUGAUCACGUGACAUUUUUGCAUGUACUCGAAAUGUGUAUAAAUCUGACUUGUAGACUGUUGUUUUGAAUUGAAUUAAUUUAUCAGGAUUCUUAGUAUUCAGAAAUAUCUAUUUUUUCAGUUGCUAUGUUGUGAUUAACAAACAUCGAUAUUUUUCAUUUAAUUCUAGUACUUUAGCACAGUUGUGCCAAACUUAUUUUUUAAUGUGAUGUUCUUGUGGCAGAUGUGAAGGUCCACUUCUAAUCCAUGAUGAACAUGAAUUUAAAACAUGGUAACACGGAAGUUUAUUCACAAUGUUUAGAAGUAUUUUUUUUUAUUUCUGGGCGCUCGGCUUUGAUUGCUUAACGAGUCGGACCUUGUGCACUGGUAUUUGAAGACUGACAGGUUGAAAAGAUGUAUUUUUGCCUACUGUACAAUUUUGUUUUCUUGGUGUUCCCCUUUUAAAGUCUUAUAUUUUUUCUACAUUGGUUUAAACGGAAUCUCAAAACAGAGUGCAGGUGUGCACAAUCAUUCACGUUCUAAUAACUGCAUGACCACUAUGAAAAAAAAAAAAAACAUUUCAGAUAUGUGAGAAUUACUGUAAUGUGAAUAUUUUUGCUGUCAGAAUUUCUUGCAUAAUGUUUCAGGGUGAAAUUGUAGUAGAUGACGUAGGGCGAAACAUCCAGCCAGCCAAUUGAAUUGUUCGUUUUGUUGUUGUGUUUGUGUACUGUUGUUGUUGUUGUUGUUGUUAAUUUCUCACUGAUCAAGAACUACCUGAUUGAAACACCUCACACCUGUGCUGCUUCUGUCAGGUACUGGAAGCGAUUAUUUUCCGGCAAGGUUGAAUAGAAGGUCUUACUAAGAUGUUCAAGGCCUUGGAGACAUGCAAAAGGUUUUUUUUUUUAUUGGAAUUGGUGUUUUAUUUUACGCUACAUGUCUGCAUGAGCUUUCAACAUGUAUUGGGAGUAUGCUCUGAGAAAAAAAAAAGGUUAGCUAUAGUCGCAUCGAAGUCUUUGCAUCAAAAGUGGCCAGUCAGAGCAUAAAUAUCCUGUUCUUACAUAUCGUAGACAUGCAGCUCUGCUGGAAACUACACAUACUGACCAUCAAACGCCUUUCAGCAGUGCUUGACCUUGUUUUAGGAACGAAUGGAAAGACCUGGAGAUUUUAUGAUUGGUCAGCCUUUGUCGUGCUGAAGCGUUUUGAUUUCAUUAGCUAUCAGUGGGCUUUCAGUCAUCCAAACCGUCUAAAAUCUGUCUUUGCAAUACAACUGUCUUCCUGUAAGUGCAGAUUUAUUCAGAAAUAAAUCUUGACAGAAAUGA